UGGUGCAAUCCAAUACAAUAGAGGUUAAAACUGCAUCCAGCUGUGGCUAGAAAUCAGUGUUUGAGAAUAACAACUGCAAGCCUGUCUCAACUACAAUACGGCCGCGCAUUCAAAUCUGGAUUACAACUGUUUCAUUGAAUGCAUGCCCAUGCCCAUUGGUCGCUGCCACUGCCACUCCAAGACUAGCGUUCAUCAUUUAAUGAUUUAAGCCACCCACGAAUCUUUAAAUGGGAGCGCAGGGACCCCUUGUCUAUCAACAUUCAACAUUAAGAGAAGAGAAGGUAUGGGGAAAGUUGUGAUGGAGGAUCUGAAAAUAAAAGUGGAGGCUCCAUUUGCAGUGUAUCCGGCAGAAACGAAGGCGGCACGAUCUAUGUUUCUGUCGAACAUAGACCAGACACUGGUGGCUCCUGUGGGAACUCUCUCCUUUUUCUCGGCACCUCCCACCAUGACUUUCCAGGAGGUGGUUGACAGCUACGUGAAGGCGCUCAGCCAAAUGCUGGUAACCUACGACUUCAUGGCGGGAAGGCUCAAAUUAAACGAGGAAGAAGAUCGGCUGGAGAUCGAGUGCAACGGCGCCGGUGCCUUUUUUGCCGUUGCCUCCACCGACCUAACCAUGGAUGACCUCGGCGACAUCGCCACUCCUAACCUCGCUUUUCGACGCUUCGUUUUGUGUGACUACGUCGCACUCUCACACCAACAACCUCAUCUUCCCCUCUUCACCUUGCAGGCCACUCGUUUCAAGUGCGGAGGAUUCGUUGUGGGAGCGGGGCUGAACCACUGCAUUCUUGAUGGGAUUUCGUGUUUUCACAUGAUGAUUAACCUGGCGUCCAUCGCAAUGGGAAAAGGCUUGCCCAUCACUCCCUUCGUGGAUCGAGCCCUUCUCAAAGCCAGGGAUCCUCCCACCAUUGCCUACCAACAUAACGAGUACUCCAAGAUCUCUGAACUUCCGCCCACCUUAACGCUCACCGCCAAUUUCAGCGGACGAGGAAAAGACGUGACCGCGUCCGCCGCGCACAUGGCUGAGGCGCAAGAAGAAGAAAAUGUUCUGAAGCUGUUUUCGCUUUCUGGAGAAGCGAUAGAGCGGCUGAAAGAGAAGGGCGCUGAGGAGGGUUGGAAAUGCAGCAGUUUUGAAGUGGUGACAGCACUGGUGUGGAAGGCGCGGAUGGCGGCGGUGGAGGAUGAGGAUGAUGAGAUAGCGACUGUGUUGUUUCCAAUGGACGUGAGGUCCAAGAUUGAGCCGGCACUGCCCAAAGAGUACGCGGGCAACGCGGUGAUACCCGGUCAUGCGAGAGCAAGCGUUAAGGAAGUGCGCGAUGAGGCUCUGGGGGUGUUGGUGCGCAAGGUUCAGGAGGGGUUGCGUAGGAUCAACGAUGACUAUGUGAGAUCUAUGUUAGAUUGGUUGGAGGUUAACAAGGGAAUUCCCUGUGCAGUGCGGAGCUUCUCGGUGGUGGCGUGGUGGAAGCUGGGAAUGGAUCAAGUGCAGUUUCCCUGGGGAAAGCCGCUGCACCUUGGUCCUGUCAUUUUCUCUCACUCGCAGGACCUCGUGCUCUUGCUUCCGCACCACCAUGGCCACGGCCUUAACAUUGUCAUUGCUCUCCUUCCUUCUCAGAUGUCCAAGUUUGAGCGCAUUUUGCCUCUCUUGUUAGAUUAGAAUAUGUGUCUGUUUGCUCUGCUCUCUCCCCCUUUUCGAGUGUCGUCGUCAACUGUUUGUUUCCAAGUGAUUUCUGCCCUUUGCUGUUGUAUGUAAUUACACUGUACUAUUAUAUAUUCAGCUCAGGUCUUUUCUA